GUUUACAAACAAGAAAGUGUCGGGUUUUUUCCCUUUAGGCUGUCCGUGUUUUCAAAUCGUCUCGCAAGUCCGCUGCAGGCGUAUAUCAUAAGUCCCCGAUUUGCACAGUUUGGAGCUGACGUUAACAAGAGCGGAGUAAACGGGGGGCAUUAUCAACAUGGCGGAGCCUACGGCAUCUGAAAUAUUCUGCAGCAGGAUGCUCAGCAUGGUAAACUCUGAGGACGUCAACGCAAUCAUUCAGGCUCAGAGACACAUGCUGGACCGGUUUGAGAAAACGAAUGAAAUGCUAAUAAACUUUAACGGACUGUCCAACGUGAGGCUGCAGCAGAUGAAUGAGCACUUCCUGCUCCACACACGAACCCUUGUGGAGAUGAAGAAAGAUCUGGACAGCAUCUUUAGACGAAUCAGGACAUUAAAGGGAAAGAUUGCUAAGCAGUACCCAGAAGCUUUCAGCAAUAUCCACGAGUCACCGAUCUUGGAGGAUGACGAUGAUGAGUUUGACCCAAUACCACCCAGUUUUGCCACAACAACCACUACCGCCACCUCAGAGCAGAGCACAGAGUCCUGUGACACAAGCCCAGAUGUUGUCUCUCCCACUGUAAGCCGAUGUUCUGAAGAUCUCUCUCAGGAGCCACCAGACACACCCACCUCUGACAUCCCAGUGACCGCCAUACUGAGGGAUGAAGGCCCUGACUCAGUGCCUGCAGAGUAGAGGGGCAUGUUUCUGCAGCAGUCACUAUCUUUUGAACCUGACCUCCCCUCACAAUUGCACUGUGCUGUCUAAAUAAGGGUUGAUGGAUGGUUAUGGCAUCUUUCAAGGUCCCCAAACCUAAGAUCUAACCACGAGAUUUUUUUUCUAAGAAGAAGUCACACCAUAUACUUAAUUUUAUUUUGCAUAGAAGGUAGAAGAAGUCUAUUUUUGCUUCUAUGACAUUCAUUUAAUUGUCUGUUGAUAGUAUAUCAAGACAUUGGGAUAGCAUAUCUUGCAAAAUUAUUCUUGACAUGGACUUAAGCUGUUAAUUUGAAUGCUUUUGGUUUAUAUGCUUGUAUGUUACAUGCAUGUUUGGCCCAAAAAAAAAAUACAGACGGUACUUAAAAGAUUUUUUUCCAAACAACUCUGUAUUACUGACAUCGAAUAGGGAUAAAUUUCCUCAGUAAUCAAGCAACAUUAAACCUUUCUUUUUCACAUUGGGAAAUAAAGUAAACUCAAGCUACCCAUUUCUGCCGAUAGUGAGAGCUGUGCUGGAGAGCAAGCAUUUAUUAACAUGGUCUACAGCCUGCCUGAAUGUGAUUCGUGUUUAGAAAUAAUGUACAUAUUUUGAUCAUUCUCAUCUUUUCCCCACCAUAUUAUUUCAAGGACACAUUUCAGCAACAGACAUGUUUGCUAAUGCAUACAUGAGUCAUAAGUAGC